AUGGCCAAUCCCGAAGAACAAAUUGCCACCCAGCUCCUGAGCAGCAAGUCACUUCCGGUCUCAGCAGCAUGGCUCAGUAAUUUCAUGGACUCGACUGCGCACCAGCGAAACGUGCCCCUCUCGGCCUUGACCCAGACGGCCUUAUUUCGCAUCCUUGCCUCGGACUUUAGAGAUUCUCUCUCCACACGAACACCGUCGUCGCUCCUUCCCGUCGACGUCUUAGACCCCACCGUACAAGAAAGACGACUCCAAAGCUUGAUCCCUGUCCAGGUCCUCGAUAUCGAGGACAUCGGCGCGAGUCUCUGGAGCCAAGUGGAAGCCAUUGAGCGCGUGGAACGCGGAGAGGCGAUCCGAGGACGGGAGAUUGUGCGGACGAUUAAUGUGGACGCAGACCCGGAGCAGAACGCGGAGGGUACCGGUGGGAAUCGUACUUCUGCGCAGCCAGAAACGGGAAAUAGCAAUGGCCCGCACCGGUUGGUCGUUCAAGAUGCAGCGGGGACGAAAGCUGUCGCUAUCGAGUUGAAGCCGGUUAGUGGUAUUGCGCUGGGGAAAUUGCCCAUUGGGGCUAAGUUAGUGUUGCGCAAUGUGACGGUUGCUCGUGGGAUGGUGUUGUUGACACCGGAAUCUGUUACGCUCCUUGGGGGAAAGAUUGAUUCCUUGGACCAGACGUGGAGAGAGGGUAGAAAGGAGAGACUGAUAGCACGGAUCACGGAAAUGCAGGGGGAGUAG